AUGUCUGUAUGUAUGGAAUCGAGACGAACUGAGCAUAAAUUCCUGAUCUUGCAGUUCCUGACGUUUAACGAACUGUUCUGGUUGCUUGAAAAUGACUCGAAGCUUCCACGUCAAGGUGCAAAAAAUCUAGAAGAGGCUGCAUGCCGUCGUGCUCAUAUGGCAGUGCGCUGGCUGGAGGAGCACGAAGCGGACCUACGCCUUUACUACCCUCAAUUUGAUGACUAUGUUUACCGCCAGUUUCUAAUCAAUGCGGAUCGACUGUUUCGCACCGUACACUUCGAGCACAUAAGCCCGGACGCGCGGUCACGCUAUAUAAAAGUUCUGACUAACGUAGGUUUUCUAUCUGGCAAUUCAAUUCAUGCUGAAAUCGCCCGAAUAACACAAGCUUGA